UGCUGCCCACUCGCACAUCGCUUCGCGCUCGUUAUCCGUCAGAAGUUACGAACACUCCGAGCUGAAGAAACGCAAGUAAAGUCUGGUGGGUUCGCAAGCGUUGCUUGCACGACGAGGAGUGCGUGAAAUGUGUGUGUGUGCCCUGCUUAAACGCCCCGUGUGUCGUACAUAGCUUCCCAGAAGUCGUACCUAUGUGUGCUGUCCGUUUUGCGUCGCGACAACUGGAAUACACGCCGCCUCCACACCUCCCUGAAGGAUUCACAGGUGGUCGCCGAUGACAAUUCGUCUUUUAAGGAUCUAAGCUGCAUGUCUCCAGUAAAGAAGCACCACGUCCACAAUGUAUGCUCCUACCCAGUCCGAGCUCCGAGAAAGGCUCGAAAGUCUGCGGUCAUCCAGCUCCACUCCGACAGACUGGGAACUUAAGGCGCCGCAACGCAACACCAGCGGAAGGCAAAGGCCCAGGCGCUCUAAAGUCAAAAUGGGCUACCACACGUGGACGCCUGGCAUGCUGCAUGACCAGCUUAUGGCCGAGCUCAAGACACGGGAGGGAUCACGCUGCAACUGUUGUCCCUACGGCUACCACAUACACCUCGACUUUGUGCAAUUCUGUGAUUCUCUCAGGGCACAAGCAGCAAGAAGUAACAUGGACCAAAUUCGGCAACAGUGUCGGGAGAGGAGGCGGCAACGGAAAUCGCUGCAGGCAUAUCUUGGGAUGUUAGACAACGAGGUGGCCAAGCAGGAUGCCAUCAUUGCUGCUCCUCCAAAGAAACUAGAACAACUCCACACAAAGGAACUUUUGAGUGCACCCCCACCUGACUUGCUUGCAUCGAACGAUGAUACCUUGAACGAAGUUUUCCGCAACUUCGAAGACGUCCUCAGAAGCCAUGAAAGAGGCCUGGACAAUGGCCACAUCGAGGAUGGGCACGAGACCAAAAGGGAGCUGCAAAAAGUGGACCUCCUUCGAAACGCUCCCAAGUACGCAGACUCACCAACGGUAUCCCCAGGUGCCGAAACAGUGCACACCUCGCCCUCCCAUUGGCGAGACGCCGAUCAACGAAAGGCGAGUGAAAUACUGGACAUGGUCUUUGGUCCAGCUCGUUCAAGGAGUGGCUCCGCAAGCUCGAUAUCAUCUUUAUCAACCAACUCAUCCAGUGCUAUUCACGAUAUUAUUAACAAAUUCCCCAUAGAGCAGGCCCCAACGAGUCCUGCCGACGGCAGCAACCCGCUAGGUGUAAACCGCGCAGCCUUAGCCAACGUGAGAGACCUGAUGGCCACGAGUCUUGGCCGAAUCAGGCAUCUUGAAGACGAGGUCAAGACCAUACCGCUUCUGCAGGAGAAGUUGUCACUCCUGGAAGAAGAAAAAAGACUACUCAUGCUGCAGUUGAAAACAAAAUCAAACCAACUGGGCCAACGUUCUGUGGGAGUUGGCGAAAACCACAUUCUAGGUCCGACGAAAAAAGAUUCCAGUUGUGAUGCCCUCGACGAGUACAUUCAAAAGUUGGAAAAGCAAGGCAUAGCGACUUCGCCAAAGACAAGGAGCUUUUCAGAUGCCAAAGUUCAAGCCAGUGUCCCAACGACUUCCACACAUUCCAUGACUGUAGUGAUGAAAGAAGAUGCACCGUUGCCCGAAUCUCUGCCUUUGCGUCCAAGCCGAAGUUUAGACCGCACGAAGCUAGCCACUGUUCACAUCCAGAAGACAGUAGGCGUUGGGUGCUCAGUUCCAACAAAGUCAGUGGCAGUUGGUGACAAUGGAGAGCUGCUUCCGAUAUCGAAGCACGAAGGCAGCCAGGAAAUUUUUUCAUCAAAGAAAGAAUACACAGAUUGGAAGCACAUUCCUAGGGCCAAACUGCAUGUCUGUGCACAAUGCACCGAGAGGGCAAAUAGGCAGUUUGAGAGCAGAGAGACAGCCACAGAUCCUGAAGCAGGCAAAGACGUGCGCAAGAAACUGGAACAGUUGACCUUCGACGUCUGUGAGCCAACUUCUGUCAAACCAGAGCCACGACCGUGCCCGCAUUGUCAAGAACGUUCCAAGCGAGUAUUCGGUCACAGUUCCACAAACACGGAAGCUGUGCUCACGUCUAGUGUCGGCGUCUCGGUCUUGACGUUGCAGCCAUUUGAAAGUCUUCCACCUGAGAGUCCACAGAGGCCACGCCGGUCACGAAGUCAAGGAGCGCAGACACAGAGGGUCUUGAAAGGAAAUGUCGGUGUUCAGUUUUCUCCGGGGCCCAUACGGCAACGUGACGUGAUGCUGCAGGCUGACGUCAUUGAGAGGAGGCAUGUCGGUCUGCAAGUCACAACAGUCGAAGCAAAACCACUCACGGUUUCCACGGGAACGGGUAUCACGGAUGUGAGAAGGGUUGUUUGUGACCGUUGCGCGAACCUCCGACAGCGAUCUGUUGCGGUCGGAAACCACGUCAGUCGUAGAGACAUGGCCGUUUCUAUUUCAUUACAAGCGGAAAGAGUGUCGCAGGGUAGUGGGGAUUGUUCUGUCACUGAUGUCCUUUGUGAGAAGUGCCAGUUGAAGCAGACUGAGACUAUUGGUGUCGGUGAUUUCGAUGUCAACUGCACAGUCUGCGAUGCAUGUAUGGAGAAGUCAACGUCCGAGGAGAAGCCGCCCUCGACACAGUCUGUCGGCAUGGCAAUGACGUCCUCGGUGGAAGAGCCACGGUCUCCGGGUGCCGUUACAGGCGUGCGCCUGUGCGACAAGUGCAGCUGCCAAAUAACUAGUGUUGCCAAGGACUUCAUAGACAAAAACGUGCUAGACCCAGUCCUUCCUACCUUGUCAUCUCGCAUCCCAAAGCUGUCGGGGCGAACUCAAAGAAAAUCCACGGCUCCUCGUGCCUCUUCGGUUCCACCGUCUUCCGAGAACAGGAGUGCUCUCAUGGGAAGCCUCAGUGAUCAGAAGAUGACUGCAAUGAGUCAGCAGCAGUUGAGGGAGCCCCCGGCCAGGAUGGCAGAGAGAGCAGAAAAACACGAACCGAGCAAGGAGGUGAAGGCGGCUUGCAAGGUCCUCAACGACUACCUCAUGAAGCCUGAGAGGGGAGACCCAAACAAACUUAAAACAGCCGUAUCUUUGAUACAGCAAGAGUGGUUCCAGAUUUCAAGUCCUGCUGACGCAGAUCCGAACAUGGUAGAAGACUACAUGGACACCUUCGAGGAGUUCUCCCGUCACCUGCUUCACCGUAUUGUGAACAUGGCUGAUGUGAAUGGUAACACGGCCAUCCACUACGCCGUGUCUCACGGCAACUUCGACGUUGUGAGCAUUCUUCUCGACUCCAAAGUGUGCGAUGUGAGCAAGCAGAACAAGGCAGGGUACACUUGCAUCAUGCUGGUCUCUCUGGCCGAAAUCAAGAACGACACACAUCGCCUUGUAGUUCAGCGGUUGUUUCAACUAGGAGAUGUCAAUACCAAGGCUAUGCAGAAUGGCCAGACGGCCCUCAUGCUGGCAGCUAGUCACGGACGGCUAGAGAUGAUCAAGCUGCUUCUGGACGCCGGCGCGGAGCCAAACGUGCAGGACAAUGACGGGUCUACGGCGCUCAUGUGCGCCGCGGAGCACGGGUACAUAGAAAUAGUGCGGGUUCUGCUUGCGCAUCCCGACACCGAAGUCUGCCUCACGGACAAUGACGGAAGCACAGCAUUGACGAUAGCCAUGGAAGCGGGUCACAAGGACACGGCUCUUCUGAUCUACGCCAACAGCAACUUCUCUCGGGGCAGUUCUCCCUACUCAUCUUUGAGAAUGCGCAAGCGCCCUUCUCCAAGGUCAACACCUCCCCCCAGCCGCCCACCCAGGACACCUCCCCCUCCUAGCCCUGCACGGUCGAGGCGAACGUCUACCUCCACCGUCAACUGACAUUCACAUUGCGAAUCUUCAACCAAACCGGUCUCUAGUUGACAUCAGAUAUAGUGCAUGCAUUGCAGCGCACAGUAUCAUCAGUGCUCCCGACAGAACAAGGACAUGAA